AAAUAAAUGACUGACGUCGAGAGGAUGGUUCUGCGACCGAAUCAUGAAGGCGAGAUGUGCCCGGUUUGUGGUGAUCGAGUCUCUGGAUAUCACUACGGCCUUCUGACGUGUGAAAGUUGCAAGGGCUUCUUCAAACGCACUGUUCAAAACAAGAAGCAAUAUCAAUGCUCUGCCGAAGCCAACUGCCACGUGGAUCGUACUUGCCGGAAGAGGUGUCCAAGCUGUCGAUUCCAGAAGUGCCUCACAAUGGGAAUGAAAAUGGAAGCGGUGCGUGCCGAUAGGAUGAGAGGUGGACGAAACAAGUUCGGAUCGUUUUAUAAGAAGGAUCGGGCUCAUCGUAUGCAGAGAAACGCAAUGAGAGUGAGCACAGUGCAAGUUCCAGCCGUCCUUGGAGCACAAUCACAAGCACAAACAUUCUAUCAACCUCCAGAGCACCAGGUUUCAAGCAGCACAACUGACCAGAACAACCAAAUCAACUAUUUUGACCAAACUAAAAUCAAAACUGAAUAUAUCAAAACUGAGUAUGAUGCACAUCUCCAGAGUCCAACAUUGUCCAGUAGCACUAAUCAGCAGCUUUCUGUUUCCGAUUUUAUCAUGAGACCUGGAUACUUAGUUGACCCACAAGACAGCUUGGCAGUACUUCUUGGGAGCACAAUUGACGACCCACUUCUCAGGCAUACCUUCCCAGCAGCUUAUCAGUUGAAUGAAGUCAAACAGGAGCCAUUUGACUAUUCGGAGCAGUUCAUUCAUCACUCAUUGCACGACUAUCCAACUUAUACCAGCAACACUACCAAUUAUGCUACAAUGAUGCCAAUGACAACUGUUUCCAGCACACAAUCCUUGGUCACUUCGACUUCUUCUACAACAACUGGCCGAAUGACAGAAGCUAGCAGCACAUCACCAAUUCUCCCACUUUGCCCAGCACCAACUGAAAAAACGGUGGACCACUUUUACAACAGCUCGAUCGCCGAAAUGUGCAAAACAUUACCCGAUGAUGCUCAAAUUGCUCGAAUUUUCACAAGCGUAAAAGGAACUAGCAAACCUGAAAAGCACGCAUUUUCCAUUCAAGUCGCAGAGGAAAAUUUGAAAGAUAUCGUGAUUUGGGCAAAAAAUGAUCAACUAUUCAGCAAAUUAUCGUUGGAUGACCAAAUGAUUCUGUUGCAAACAUCGUGGACAACCGUUCAUAUCGUUGAUAUCACUAAUGCAAUGGUCCACGGAAAUCUUCUUUCGCAGUAUAAAAUGUCAAAUGGUGAUGAAGUUCCCGUCGGUCUUGUAGCUCUUCUUGGCAAUCAAACAUUCGUAUCAUCAUGGAAUGAUGUUGUUAUUCGGCUUCGAAAUAUGGGAUUCACGAAUUUCGAUUAUUGUGCUUUCCGAUUCUUAGCCCUUUUUGACCAAUCAAUGGACUCUUUCCCAGCAGUCUCUACUGCUCGAUCUCGAGUACUCCAAUCUUGGCGUGAAGUGAGAUGUACUACCGCCUUUCUGGAAAUUUUCGAACAAAUCAGACGACUCGCUUACGACUCACUACGGUACUUAUGGAACCUUCAUUCAAACUGCCCCACGAACUGGGAGCAAUUCUUUCCGGAAGCCUCCUUGGUUCUUGAAAUGAUUCGCACUACUGUCAACCGAUCGGCUAGCAGUAGCGUCACCGCAAUCACUCAGGUCCCAGCAAUCCAACUGCCAACCCCACAAGCCACAUACACUGCUGUGCCGUACAUGGCAUCAUAAUGUCUCUGUCAUAGGAGCUGAAAACUUCCAAUGGAGUCAGUCAGCAACUCCCUUUGUUUAGCGAUCUCGCUCAACUCUUCCAUUUUUACGGGACCGGUUUUUUCUGUUGUCAAUUACAGACAGCCAGUAUUUUCUGCAUAAUUCCCUUAUUUCACUUAUUCAACUUUAUAAUAUCAAUAUCAUUUUAUACCUCAAAAACCUCCAUCCAUGCAUUUCAAUUCAUUUUCUUCAAGAUCUAUUGAAUAUCUUGCAUUUUUCGUGCUGUGUCAGCUUUUAGUCGGUUGUACUUUAUUUAAAUCAUUUGCAUUUUUUCAAUUCUCAUUUUGUCUCAAUAUCUGUGUAUCCUAGUGCCCAAACCCUCACAGCUUUUAAAUGUAUUUUGCUCUAUUUUUUUUUCAUUCAAAAAUCUUUCCUCUCAAAACCCAUUUUCCUAGGUCACGAGCCAAUCAAAAUUGGCACUUUAUUAUUAUUAUUGUUUCUCCCAACAAAAAUCUGAAAAUUCCGAAAAAACGUUCUCUGCCGAACUCUUCUCAUCUUCCCAAAACUUUAAGACUGUUCUCUUCUGCAAAACGGAUAAUUGUUUUACAUGCAAUUAAUAUAUUUGUAUUUUGUCUGAAUUCGCCCCCAUUUUAUUUCUUUAUGGAUUUUUAUGUUUGGUUGUUUUAUUAUUCUUUUUUUCUUUGAUUUUGAUCAAUCAACACACCUCACUUGUUUUGUAUGUGCAGAUCGUAUAUAAAAAUUGAAAUUUU